UCAAAUUUCUUCAAGAAAACAUACAAAAAUGGGUAUCAGAAUAUCAAACAAACUAUCACAAGCUGCAGUUUUGAAGCAAAUUAUGAAAAGGUGUUCGAGUUUGGGUAAGAAACAGGGCUAUGAUGAUGUAGAUCACCUUCCCAUCGACGUACCAAAAAGACAUUUUGCAGUUUACGUUGGAGAGAACAGAACUCGAUAUAUCGUACCAAUUUCUUUCUUGACUCACCCUCUGUUUCAGUGCCUCCUACAAUGCGCUGAGGAAGAAUUUGGCUUCGAUCAUGACAUGGGAAUUACCAUUCCAUGUGAAGAAGUUAUUUUCCUAGCACUAACUUCGAUGCUCCGGUAA